AUGGCCCGCCGUCCGCAAUUGCUUCUCAGUCUCCUGGCGAUUUCUCUCGUUGGGCUGUUUUCCUCCCCUCUUCAGCAAUUAUACUACCUCCUUCGACUUCCGUUUAUUUGGAAAGCCUCCUCUGCCGCUGCAGUCAUCUCGGAUGAACAUGAUCAAUUCGACGUGACGUUUGUCGCCUACGAGGCCAAUUCCUCAACUGCCGACGCGGGACAUCCAUCUCUGAUACCUCCCAUAGUACAUCACAUCCACCUGGGCUCUAGACCGCCACGCCCAGAAUGGCUCAAGGCCCGUGAGACGUGCUUAGAGCAUCACGCGUCCUGGAGUAGCUUCAUCUGGAACGAGGAGAGCGCAGAGAAGCUCGUCCGAGAGGAGUUUCCUCAUCUAUAUUUGAUGUGGAAGAGCUAUCCGUAUAUGAUUCAACGGGUUGAUGCGCUGCGCUAUAUGGUCCUACAGAAGCACGGUGGCAUGGUCCUCGACUACGAUUUGGCUUGUAGACGAUCCCUCGAGCCUCUGCGGCGGUUUAAAUUUGUGGCUCCAGCUGCACACCCUGCCGGUCUCUCCAUCGGCAUGAUGCUCUCUUCGCCGGGACAUCCGUACAUCAAAGCGCUGGUCGACAACCUCCCGCCGUACAACUACCGGUGGUUUUACAUCCCUUAUGUGACGGUCAUGUUCAGCACGGGCUGUCACUACGCGUCGUCAGUUCCCAGCAAAUUUUACUACGCUUGGGUCUAA